AGCUUUCAUUUGCUGUUAUCUUGCUUGACUUACCAUUCAUCCAUCCCAUCAAUCCAAGCGUGAUCGCCUUCGAUGCCCGCCGCUAGUAGGCCGAUCCAAGGAAGAGGCCAGGCUACGGCGGCGGCACCAAGCUCGCGCCGAGGAGAAGAGCAGCAGGCGCAAGGCCAAUGGAGAAGCAGCUUAGACAUUGUCUUUUCAUACUCUCGCUCUCAAGCAUUCUAUGGGCAGAACCUCAACACCUCGCCAAGCUUCGCGGCCGAAGCGCGAUGGAGGGGACCGCAUGGCGAUGAUACCGACGCUGAGGGAGAGGACGAUGACAAUGUCGGCGAAGAGGACAGUCUUUAUCAAGACGAAGAUGACGAGGACGAGGCAACUUCAAUCAAGCCAAGCAUCAAUGGCGACGAGGACGGUCUCUUCCCUCAGCCCCUUGACUUUGGCACAGUAGAUUCUUCACGCACUGCGACGAGCGCAGCGCCCACGUCCUCAGCGACAGAAAAUUCGCCCCUUCUCCUCCGUUCCAAACGCGCAUCGCGCUCGUCUCUCUCCCACCAAGAGCAACAAAGGCGACGCUCCUCUGCCGUGCAAAGCAACCUGUCCCACCCUCACCACUCCCUGCCCGCAGCAACAGGCAGCUCAACCUUCGGCCAGACCCUCUUCAACUGCGUAAAUGCUCUUGCGGGCGUGGGCAUCCUCUCCCUACCUCUGGCUCUCUCCUACGCCGGGAUGCCGCUGGGCAUCUUCCUGUUCAUUAUCGCGGGACUCAUCACCAACUACACGGGCAAGCUGCUACACAAGAUUAUGAUGAGCGACCCUUCCUUGGCUACUUAUGCGGACAUCGGGAGGCUGGCAUUCGGGGAAAAGUCCAGAGUAGCAGUCACGCUGCUGUUCUGCUCGGAGCUCUGGGCAGUUAGCGUCGCCCUUCUCGUCCUGUUUGGGGACAGUAUAGCCGCCAUUCUCCCAGCGAAUACGUCACUCCCCAGCUGGCUGCUGAAGGUAGCCGGCUUUGCAGUCGUACUCCCCACCUGCUUCAUGCCGAUGCGCCUCCUCUCUCCGAUCUCGCUGGUAGGCAUCUUCACCACCUGCUCUCUCCUCCUCAUCGUCUUUGUCAACGGAUCAGUCAAGACCCACUCUCCCGGCUCACUCUGGCAACCAAUGCCCGACUCACUGGAUUUCACUCCGCAGUGGGGCAAGUUACCACUCGCGUUCGGACUGAUCAUGAGCGGUUUCUCCUCUCAUCCUAUCAUUCCGAGCUUGGUACGCGACAUGCGUCAGCCAGAACGCUUCCCCAGAAUGCUGGAUACGGCCUACGUGAUCGCCACGAUCCUCUAUCUCUCUAUGGGUAUCGCCGGGUAUCUCAUGUUUGGACGCUCUGUCAGCGACGAGAUCACCCAGGACCUGGCUGGAGUUCAAGAGUACCCGAGGUGGACAACCCACCUGGCCGUUGGGCUCAUUGCGGCUGUGAGCGUGAGCAAAUUCGCGCUUGCGUUGAGGCCAGUGCAGACGACGGUCGAGGGACUCGUCCCGGGUGGGGUUCAUGCGGCCGUGGAAGCUAGUGAGGAGUCGCAGAUCGCCACUGAUACAGAGGCGGAGGCGGAGGGAGAUAGGACGAUUGGGCAUGAUGAAGAGGAGCAGCACACUAUCAGCACAACGCCCGCAACGCCUGCCUCGUUGCUGGGCUUGCGAAAGCAACGGAGCAUCGAGCAGAGCCAGCAGCAGCAGCAUCAACCCCGGCGCCCAACAUCGAGUCACGCCUCAGCUCAAGCUUCCUCCUCGCAAUCUCACGCCCGGAGUCGAGCAUGGCGCCGCUUCCUCGUCACGCUCCUCCUUCCCUCGCUCGUAUUGGUGACCGCUAUUCUCUUACCCGGCUUUGCCUCCCUCAUGUCCUUUCUUGGCUCGGUCCUCGCUGGCCUAUCCUGCAUCUGCGGACCAUUGGCCGCGCACUUGGUUGUCUUUGGCCCUAGGCGAGGAAAGGCGAGACGGCGCAUUGAGAGGAGGGUGAGCGGGGCGAGUGGGAAGAGGGCGAGCGGGGUGACUGUGGGCGUCACGGAGGGGCAGGACGGUGAGGAUGAGGUCCUCGAGGACGGUCUAGUGCCGAGGAAGGCAGCAUCUCGUCGCCCCUCUGCGAGCACAAUGAGGUCCACUCAUACUCGCUCUCAGCCUCAUCAGACUCUCGGCCCAUUAAGACGAGCUGCAGAGACGACGCUCAUCGUCCUCGCGGCCAUCAUGGCCGUGCUGGGAACGGUGUGGAGCGCGCUACCUGUCGGUCAGGCUGCGUGAGUGAAGCGGACGGAGAUGGACUAGCAAUGGAUGCGAGUUGUGUGCGUAGAAGGCAUUGCCCUCUUAACGUAAUUGACAGGCAAUACGUGACCGAUCUCUCCUCUUCAACCCCUCUUGACCUGGCCGUGCCCCACCAUCCCUACCGUACCGGCAGAUCGCAAGCCCCUCAACCACUCUCCAACCCACCAAGCCCCGCCCCCGAGCAGGGCGAUGGCUCCCAAUCCCCGCAGCAGCAAGGCAACAAUCAGCGCCCGUCUCACUGCGGAGUAGAAAGCGGCGAGCGCGAGACCAGACCAGUUGAAGCGUCGCUCCAUCGGUGUGCCGAGAGCCGAUUGCCAUGAACGGAUGACCGUGCGGUAACGGAAGCCACAGAUCCAGAUCCAG